AUGCCGGCUGAUUACAAUGGAACAUGGGAAAUGGAAACAAAUGAAAACUUUGAAGGUUACAUGAUUGCAUUAGACAUUGACUUUGCUACACGUAAGAUUGCAAAACACCUGAAACAAACGAAAGAAAUUAUUCAAGAAGGAGACAAUUUCAAGACAAAAACACUGAGUACUUUCAGGAACUAUGACGUGAAUUACACCAUAGGCGAAGAAUUUGAAGAGCACACCAAGGGGCUUGACAACCGAGUGGUGAAGACACUAGUGAGCUGGGAUGGUGAUAAACUAGUCUGUAUCCAGAAAGGUGAAAAGAAAAAUAGAGGCUGGAAACAUUGGAUUGAAGGAGACAAACUGCAUCUGGAGCUGACGUGUGAAGACCAGGUGUGUCAUCAAGUAUUUAAGAAGAAGAAAUAAAUUGAUCAGAACCCUG